AUGGCGGAUUUUGGAGAGCUGGACUACUGGAGGAAGCACUUCCGGAGUGCCGAUUCCGAUAUCUUCAUCGUGAUCGAGCACGCGAUCCUCAUCGCCGCAUCGGAUUAUCCGGCGGAGUUUCGCAACCGGAGGGAUCAGAUCACCGAGAGACUCUUCUCUUGCCAGUUGCCCAGGUGCUUCGGGUGCGAUCGAAUCAAGGAGCAGGCGUUCGAGGUUGAAGGGGAAGAGUUCAGCGGAGGAACCGGCGUCCUUGCCACUGGCUGCGGCGAGAAGGAGAGCAAGGUCAAUUGCGGCACCGAUGAACGACAGGAGGAUGAAGAUUUGAAGUGGGUCUCGAGCAAUUACAGUUUCGAUGAAGCUGAGGCAUUAACGGAAGAGAUCGAGGAAGAGAACCAGAUCAUCGGGGAGGUGCUGAGGAUCAAGGAAAUUAUCGUCAACAAGGACUACGAGGUCUACCGCUGAACUUUCUGGUUUCAUUUUCUUCCUCAUCCUCGAAUCAGGAUUCGUAGAAUUCUGUGUCUUCAAUCUCCCAAUUUCAUCGCAUGGGUUCCUUCCCAAUCUCUUUGAUGAAUUUUGACGCCCCAAAUUUCUUCUUGUGAGCUACGACUCGACAGGGAAAUAUGUUCUCCAAUAUUUUGACUUCGUUCCCCUUGGUGUUGAUUGCUUUCAGUCUGAUUCUCGGCUGUUUGAGUCCCUCAGGAGGCUUCAACUCAUGGCUCUUUCUGUGGAAGUUCUCAAGGUUGUGAUGGGAUUUUCUUCGUACUUGGAAGUGAAAUGCUUCCCAGUAAGCCUGCAGUUCCCACAUUCAUUUGAUUUAUUCUCUGUUCAUCGAUACAGGCGACGGAGAUCGGAAAAGCUCUGAAUGGGCUCCGGAGACACAGCUCAAGACAAAUUUCUCAGCUGGUAUCCUCUCUGAUCGGGUAAGUUUGGCCUGAUAAUCGCAGAAUAAGCUUCACUUAUGAAGUGAAAAUUAGCCGGCAUUCUCUGUUUUGACUUUGUGAUGAUUACCGACCAAAUUCAGGAGGAUUAUUUGGUCAGGCUCAUCUUCCCCAUCUCCCCACCCCCAAACGCUAUCAUAGCUUGUCUAUUUAAAUAGAUGCGGAAAUUCCUCAGAAUCGAUUGCUCUUAUUACUAUGAUUUCUCCUGAGCUUGCUCAUUGAGAACCUGAGGUUCGGCUUCCCUGUGCUUUCAUGUGGGUGGAGGUAUCUUGAAGACCAAUCAGCGUUUAUUGCUGUUUUCUGAUCAUGGUAACAGAGAAAUCUUUCCGGGCCUGCAUGUGCAGAUCAUCGUUUUCUUUCUGUUUAUGCAUUCAUGUCGAUGGGCAACGAACGUACAUGGUGGUGUCUCUGUGGAGAAAGACUAGACUUCCUCAGCUUUUGCCAUGGAGUUUCAAUCACGCAUACUCUCUCUCUCUAUCGUAUGUAGUCGUCACUGCAUGAAUCAUCAUCUUCGUUCUCCAUGAUCCUUGAGCAUGGCCGUACUUCUCUCUCUAUUCUUGGCCUGCAUCAACAUAGUCGACAGAUCAAUGUGAAAUUAUUUAUUUUUAUCUAUGGAUCUUUGAUCGAUCCACAGGGCCUGGAAGAUUCUGGUGGAUGAAUGGAUGGAUGCUACUGCUGCUCUUACGGGUGAUUCUAGUGACUCUCUUGGGUUUUUAUUUAUUUCUGGGCGGCCGCUGUUCUCACUCUUCGUUUCAAACGGCAGAAGGCACCCCUGAGUCUAAAGCUCCUUCGGUUGUGGAAGACGAGGAAGAGGAAGGAGGACUCCCCUCCCCUCCCAUGGAUGAAGGGGCCCUGUUCACCACUCCAGGCGCGAUGGAGCUUUCCCAGGUGAGCCACUGAUCCACAGCUAGGCCUUUACCCUUUCCUAAGACUAAUCACAUUACCUGAGCAUCUUAGUUGGGUAUGCUGCAAGUCUAAGCAUCUUCUCGUCUCUGAAGACAACGACACUUUAGCUGCCACUUUUGGCAAUCUUUUCGUCACUGACGAGUGAGACUGACUGGUUCUUUAAUCCUGUCUUCCCCGUGGCGAUCUUGCUGCGCGGUGAAGUUCUUCGACGGAAUGAGCGACGACGGAUGUAAGUGGGGAGUACCUUCAUCUUCUUCCUCCAAAAUCUUCCAUGAACACAUCCAAUGAUUCUUUUUUCCCCCCUGAAUUUUCAUUCAGGUGCCCAGAAGGACGAUGGAUCCGGCAAACGCGCAGAGGACCGGAUGAAGAAACCAUCCGCGCAAAAUCAGAAACGAUCGAUGAGGAAGCAUCAGCCGUCGAAUAAGCAGGAAGAGAGCCCGCAAGAGCCCGUCGCCGAGCGGUGCAGGCCGCAAGCGGAGGUCCCCCUAGCGCAGAGGAAACUAUCGAGCUCCAGCGUUGCCUCCGGGCCUGGAAGACCUCAGAAGGCAUGCGUGGCCAAGGUCAACGGUAGCUUCCAGAAGAGGCAGGGAUCUUCUGGGACAGGAAAGAAGACAUCUUCUAGCUCCCACAAUGUGAGUAAUAGUGAAGGUAAUCCACCCGCAAUGUGAAGGUAAUCGUCUAUCUGAUGUAUUUCUCUGGUCCUCCCUGGUUGAAGCUUCACGAAGAGAUCCCAGUUUGCGCCAAGCUUGAAGCCGCCAAGAGGAAGCUCCAUGAAGGCUACCAGCAAGCCGAGAAUGGUGACGUUGACUUCACUUCUUCACGAAUAUCACGUGGAUGUGGUUUGACUUACUUCCCCGUUCUGUGGGCGAGGAUGAUGACGUAGAUUUCUGCUCUACCCUAAUGCAGCGAAGAAGCAACGGACAAUUCAGGUCAUGGAGCUGCAUGAUCUGCCUAAGCGAGGGCUCAGCCGCAGACAGCCCUUCAUCAAGCAGGGAUCCCGCAGCCAGCAUCGGACGAAUCUAUGCCGCUAG